GGGGGGGGGAGCGCGCGGCGGCCGGGCUGGAGGCGCUGCGAGCGCUCGCGCUGCCACGCGCCGGGGCUCGCGGCCUGGCCCUGGUGGGCUCCCGUCCCCGGGGCCUCCUCGCGAGCGGUGGGUGCGCGGCGCCGGCCCGCCCGAGAGGCGUCGUCGGCGCGCGGGGCCGGGCGGAGCGGCUGGCUCCCUGCCGCGGCCGCCGGUGAGGGGCCGCCGCCGUCUCGUCGCCUCAGCGCCGCUGCCUAGGCCCGGCCCGCGCCACCGCCUUCCCUCCGCCUCCUCCCUCGCCGCUGCCGGGCCUGCGGGAUGUUCAUUUUAAAGAUUCUGUGAAGAUGAAAAGGCGUAUCUUAUGGUUUUACGGAAUAUAAAGCAAUACUGUCUGACAUGACGGCAAAAAAUGUUGGUGUGACUUCCACAAAUGGAGACUUGAAAGGAUUUAUAGAUCAGAACCAGAGUCCAACAAAAGGUAAUAUUUCAAUAAUCACAUUACCAGUUUCCAGCACCAACUCCCCAACCAAGAUUUUGCCAAAAACCUUAGGACCAAUCAAUGUGAAUGUUGGACCCCAAAUGAUCAUAAGCACAUCGCAAAGACUGACCAAUUCAGGGAGUGUUCUGAUUGGGAGUCCGUAUAACCCAGCUCCAACAAUGGUCACGCAGACACACAUAACAGAAGCUUCUGGCUGGGUCCCAGGGGACAGGAAGCGGACUCGAGAAUUCAUAGAAUCGGAUUUUUCAGAAAGUAAGAGAAGCAAAAAAGGAGAUAAAAAUGGGAAGGGUCUGAGGCAUUUUUCAAUGAAAGUAUGUGAGAAAGUUCAGCGUAAAGGAACAACUUCAUACAACGAAGUCGCUGAUGAGCUGGUGUCAGAAUUCACAAAUUCUAACAGCCACCUAGCUACAGACUCGCAGGCUUAUGAUCAGAAGAAUAUUAGACGGAGAGUUUAUGAUGCCCUUAAUGUCCUGAUGGCAAUGAACAUAAUUUCAAAGGAGAAGAAGGAAAUCAGAUGGAUCGGCCUUCCUACAAACUCAGCUCAGGAAUGUCAGAAUCUAGAGAUAGAAAAACAAAGGCGGAUUGAAAGGAUAAAACAGAAGCGAGCCCAACUACAAGAACUGCUGCUGCAGCAAAUAGCGUUCAAAAACUUGGUACAAAGAAAUCAGCAAAAUGAACAACAAAAUCAAGGCCCUCCAGCUUUGAACUCAACAAUACAGAUGCCUUUCUUAAUAGUCAACACUAGCAAAAGAACAGUUAUAGACUGCAGCAUAUCAAGUGAUAAAUUUGAAUACCUCUUUAAUUUUGAUAACACUUUUGAGAUUCAUGAUGACAGUGAGGUGCUGAGGAGAAUGGGAAUGUCGUUUGGGCUUGAGGCAGGCAAAUGCUCAGCUGAGGACCUAAGAACUGCAAAAUCACUGGUGCCAAAAGCUUUAGAAAGCUACAUUACAGAUAUGUCUGCAGGAUUUUCAUGGAUAAACCAAGGGUUACUUUCAAGUUCAGCACAAGCAGUUUCACAUUUAGAAGUAGCAGGAGGCACUUCUGAUGCUAAAUCAAGUGAGAAUCCAGGGUUGUGUUUGGAUGCUGAAGUGGCCUUAGCAACCGGGCAGUUUCUUGCCCCUAGCAGUCAGGAGUCCAGCAGUGCAACAUCACGCUACUCUGAAUCACGAGGAGAAACUCCAUGCUCAUUCAAUGAUGAAGAUGAAGAGGAUGAAGACGAGGAUUCUUCCUCCCCAGAAUAAGGACAGUAGAAAACAGAGUAUACAAAUGCUGCUCAGAUAUUCUUAAUGGGAGCUCCUGUUUGAAUUUUACGAAGUUUCUUGCCUUGGUUUGCACUGUGUUCAGUGAAGCAAAAUGAAUGCUCCAAAACAAAUUCAUCCACAGCUGAAAUUGAAAAUGUUUUGUAACUGAACACAGAGUGUCAUGCAGACACACAGUGAAGUGGGUUUUAUCAGCUAUAACCAAGGAAAAGAACAAAGUCCCUGGAGAUUUGGCAAAGUAAACAUCAAGUUCACAUCUUCUAUCUUGGGACAUUCUGUCUCAAGUCUCUGUCUUCCCCUUAUCUUUACCAGAUGGAGAAGAAAACAGUCAGUCAACAAAUGCCACUUCUUGCAUUGUCUUUUGGCUGUGCUACCUUUACAAAAAGGGGGAAAGAGAGCACAUGCAAAUGCGCUAAAAUAGCUAUUUAAAACUAUCUUAUAUGAAAACUGUUCUGGGGAAAAGGGGCUGUUAGAAUGUUUUCUUUUUUCUGUUCAACUUGCUGUAUAGAAGAUUCUUAAAGUUAAUAUAAAUUGCAAGUGAUUAAAUGAAUCUUGAAACAGUUUAAAUCCACUUUAGAUACUCUAAAAGUAACAUUAGUAUGUCUCUUUUGAAAGGUUCAUAUGUUCAUUUAUACUGCAGACCUAAUUUAUUAUAAAUAAGUGAUUAUUCUUAGCCAUUAUUAAACAGUCAGGAUAAAAACAGCAGUAUUCUCUGCACCAGCUUUUUUCAAGGAAAAAAAAUUUUAAAAUAGUAUUUCUAGAUUACAGUGUAUCCAGUAUAGCUUCUCCAUUACUUUAUAAUCCCUUUGAUUUUACAGCAUCUGCUGUGUUUUUUUAAAAAAGGCCUCUGUGUUGAAGAUCUCAGGCAGCAUGUUUUCAAGGCAGUAUUUUCAAAUUCAGGGUGGGCAGGUCACAUAACUUUUAAAGUCGUACGUUGAGGUUCUUAGGAAAAGAAAUUAAAUUUCAACAAUACAUCACUUCGUGUUUUGCAUUCUAGUCAGCUUGGAUUGUGACAGGCUAACUUACUUCUGUUGCACUCACCUUAAUGCACCUUUGAAAACAGUAGUGUCAAACCACUUAAUUUUUAGCUGAAGUUACUCGACAUGGAUCCCAUUUGAACUGUUAAAUCUGACUUGCAACAGGAGGCUCCGUGUUCUGUACUUAACAUCACACUCAAUCACAAAGACCUUUUUAAAAAAAAACCUGCGUAACAGAGCAAAAAACACUGUAGACAUGCUCCCCAUGGUGUCCUAACAUCCAGUAUUUCAACUAGUUUUGAAGUCAACUAUUUUUAAUUAGAUAAAUCCAGUUUUAAAUAGUGUUACUUCUUUUUAGUUUUUAUACUGUAUGUAAAUAGUUGACCUCUUUCUAAGUACCAGUGUAUUAGCUGUCAGAGCUCAGUGACGUUGGCUCUGUUAUUUAGUUACGAGGUUAGGCAGCUUGUCGUACUGUUACUCGCUUGAGCGGUGGCAGCAGACUGUGUCCCUUGACUCUGUGACCAUUACCCUAGCACAGCGUGGGGCAUGUCCACAUGAUCUUUUACAGCCAAACCUGCUGUCAAGCCAACAACAUCCCAAAUCGCCAAGCCUGAGCCAGUGAGAUAAACUGAGGCUCCAGCUGAAAAGCUGCCUGGCUGUUGUACAGGAGUUAGUUGGUUAGCACGUGACUAGCUACGCCCAGGACAGGUAAAACUGCGAGGAGCAUACAAGCACACCUGCAUGUCUGCAUUAAAAAUUAAAGCAUCUAGAUAAGAAGCUUCUCAUAGGUACAGUUUGAAGUCCUGCAUUUGAGGUACAGUUAGGGCAGCACUGUUAUUUAUAUAUAGCUCUUGACUGAGCAAGUUGAGCUGUCUGGCAACAAAUGAGCUGCAAAUGCAGAAAUGAAAGUAAUUCUUACAUGCCUACCAUGUCACUCACCCUCUGGCAAGACUGUUAAGGCUGUCCUGUGCUCAUGGCUCACAGGCAACAGCAAACUUGAGGGAUUUACACCACCUCACUUCAACCAAAUCUGUAACACUACCUCUAUAUGAAGAAAAGCUUUACACAUACACAUAAUAUUCUCACUGAGAGAAUCAAUGCACUUGAUUGCAGAUGCUCACUUUUGAAAUAAGGUAACAGCUAGUCCAGGCUUAUUACUAUGGAAUUGUCAGCUUCGUGAAUGACAUUUCAAAUAAACAGAUGAUUGCUUUUAUUCUUAAAAACCCAUUGUUUUUUUUCAGAAACUGUCCUGUCAGUCUGCUUUCUCUGGAGAGGACAGAUCAAAGAUACCUAAUCUUCUAUGCAGGAUCCUAAGGAAGUCUUAUUAAAGAUGGAAACGUUUCCUGAAGUAGUUAUUCCCUUCCCCCCCAAUACAUUAGGAGCACAUUUAACUUUGCACUUUCUUCACAUUUCCCACUCAAGACAUGCAUAAAAAGAAAAACCAGGAGAACGCGAAACAGUUCCUAAGGAGGAGCACUUUGAAAUAUAAGAACCUGGCAAAAAAAGGCUUCCUGCCUAGAAAUGGAAUGUAUUUUAUUAGCAGUCACUGUGCUUUCUGCUUUACAGGAGGAAGAUCUUCAGUGAUAUCUUCCUUCCGUUGAUGUCCAUACCCUUCAAAGCAGCAGACUGCACAGCUACUUGCUUCCUGGCAAACUUCAAGAUACAGACUUUAAAAAAAAAAAAAAAAAAAAAAACCAAACCCCAGCCCUAGAAGCACAUAACAUUUAUUUGGACAGUUGAACCGAGACUUUAAAAGUUAAUUUUCCCAAACUAGUUGAAUACAAAACAAGUUAGAACAUUUAGAAGAGACUUCAAAAGGAAAUUCUUUCCUUAGGAUUCUUUGUGCCCAGUUCCAGUUGAGGAUGAAGUUCAACUACAGCACUGCGGUCUUGCGGUUACAGUAAUGUCUGGGAACCAGGAGAAGUUUGGGCCUUCUCCAGCCAUAGUCACCCAUGUAUGGUCUCAGGCAAGCCCUUCAAUCAUUUUUGUUGAUCUUAGCUGACAUUUAAAAAAACCAGACUCCCACACUCCCCUGCAACAAAACAGGUAAAUGCAGGACCUCACAAAAUGCAGCUGUUGCAUCUGAACUGAGCUCUGAGCAAUUCUGAGUAAUAAGUUUAGGAAUAUUAAGCAACCGCACAGCUCCCAGUAAGCUAAUGGCAGUACUUGCGCUCAGUUGCUCCAACAUGCAGGCCUGGCCUUCCCUCCCUCUGAAAGCCAGCAGCAGAUUAUUUUCCAGAAUAAAAUGGUCGUUAGCAAGACUGGUUUUCCCAUUUUCCAUUCAGUUACCAUCAUCCUCUCCUGUCUCGUGCAAUACCCUUGACAUUCGUCGAUACGAAACAAGUAGCAACUGGUACUAGAUGGGAUCUCUUGUAAGACAAAGUUAAUGUUUGAACUUUCACACAAAGUCUAUUUAAGAUAAGUGAUGUGUCUUGGAACACUGUUUCUUGGUUAUACAUUCAGAAGGCACUUGGCUGCAAGCAAUAUAGUGCUGUGCGUAAAUGCCUUUAUAUAUACUGCAGUAAACAGCUUUAUUUCUGGACUUACUUUAUGGUGCUUCAGAAAUCUAAAUUUGACUUAGAAAAAUUUGUCAGCAUCGCAGACUAGAUAGACAAAUAUGAGUGGGAGGCAGCGUUUUUCUAUUGCAUAGAAAUCUGUCCUAAUGUUUGUGGACUUGGGUUUUUAAAACUGUAUUAAAGCGUGCCAGUCUCCUCAUUUCAACACUGGAACUAAUGGCAACAAUGCACCUAAUCUAAGAAGGUGUGUAUACUUAAGUAGACUAAAGUAAAUAAUACCAGUUUAACCGAAGGUGUGAUUUUAACUAACUUCAUUAAACCUUGUACAAGCCACAGCUGUAGAUACUUCCAUUUUGUUUAAGGCUUUUGUUUAGUUUUUUGAACUACGGCUUGCAAAUAACUCCUAAUCCUUUUGAGCAGCUGGAAAUUGCUGAGUAUACAGGAUACCCACAGAAGGACUUGUGCUGGUCAACUAAGUCAACCUGCAGUGACAUUAUAUAAAAAGGCCUAAUAAAAAAAGAAACUAUUAAAAUUUGUUUAAGAAAAACAAAACCCUCAAGUUCAUACAUAAAAUGAUGCUUAAAUUUAGAAUUCAGUAGUUAAGGUUUUAAAUGUCAAGUGCUCUUUAUUCUGACCACAGUCACCAUUUUUAUUCAAGAGUAUGACUGAAACUUAAUCACAUUUGAACACUGGGCGAUACUAAUUUUUAUCAUUAAUAAGCUAUUUUCAGCUGAAAAUAAUCCACACAGUUUAUUGAGAAGACUUUUCUUUUAGUAAGUUAAAGAUGUUUGGAUUUUGGAUUCAUUUAAAAAAACACCCUAGUAACCACAGGGUAUAGUAUAUAGUAAACAAACCAAAACAAGUUAUGACCCACCUAAAUUUGUAUCUUUUCAUUACAAGAGUCUCUCAGUUACUCAUGAAUAACUAAUUUAAAUAACCAGGUAUAAUGAAGCUGGGGAAAGACUAUAUGAGCUUUUCACAUUUUUUGAUUUAAAAAAAUCAGUAAUAACAGUCAUACUUUGAGGUGACAUCCUUCUGCUUACUACAAGCUUAAUUACAGAAAUGCUGCCGUUCACUUACUCCAAGGCCUCGGUUACUUUUACAGCUGAAGGCAUCUCAACCCUCAGCCCUGGGAACGGUGCCUCGUGCAGCACUAUAGAAGAACAAGGAAGAUGCUAAGGACUCUUGCUCUGUUUAUUGAGGUUUUGUUUUUUAAAAUAUAUCACUUCUAGAAAUAGGUCAGAAUUCAGGAAGUAAUACUCAUAUAAAUCACUUGUAAUUUCUGAUUAUUACACCUACCCUUGCAAGCAUGUUAACAGCUCUAAAUACUUAAUUUUCUGCUGACAAGUAUCCACAUAACCAAAUCCUGAUACCAUGAGACUUCCUGAAACACUCAUUCCUUAGACUUAACCAGGUUCCCAAAUCAGAUUCUCUCUUUCAUGUUUAGCUGUCAGAAUUUAGUCUGGUGAGUUUUUUUAAGAGGCUGUGUAAGCAACUGCUCUCCCCUAGACCCAGGUAUAUUGCCAAAAAAAUCCCCACAACAAACAUUACUCACAGUUCAUUCCCUCUGCUAACUAUUACCAUCCUUCCAAGUCACUGUAGCGGCUCGUUCAAGCACUAAACCUCUUUAGUAGAUUUGGUUGCACUAACGCAGGAAUUAAGUGGAUCUCCCUGAAUUUUCCUAGGAAAACACCAGCUGAAUCACAACCCAUCACACAAAUUUCAGGCACAUUCCCUUGUCUUUAAAGCCAGGCUGUAUAUAUGAAAAAUACUUCAGAGAAGUACAUGCAUAUGUUAUGACACUGUAUCUGACAAGCACCUACUAUGAAAAAAUUAAUCCUACUUUGGACAAACCUGUAAGAACUAGCUCGUUCCUCGGGUCCUUGGCUGCAAAUCAUGCCCCAGGAGCAAGGCACCAACCUUUGUGUUUGCAUAGCCGACAUCACAUGAGAAGUAACUAGCCAGCAAGUACAGGCAGAGUUUGUACAGCAGUACACGUCUGUUGGCGCUGCCCAGACGAUCUGGCAAUAGAUCAGUCCCUGGGCAAGUGGGUGAUGCCGAUGCACGCAUCGGCCAGUGGCAUGCGGUCACCGCAACAUGCCGUGUACGAUAAAAAAGGCAGGUCCAUCUGUCCCCCUGCUACAGGAGCACUUCUCAGUAUCCACUAGAUUCUGCAUGGAAGGAAGUUGCAGAGACACUUCCUUUUUGUUUAAAGUGCAGAAAGCACUUGAAAGACCAUCAAUUUUUCAAUUAAAUAGGACUUUUCUUUUUUUGUUUUUCUUAAAUUAAGAAUGAGGCCAGUCAUGGACAAAAGCUAUUUUAUGACCUCUUUCAAUGCUGAACUGAAAGGAGGGCACUGACAAAUCCAAUUUAUGAGGAUGCUGGCUAUAUAGGAUUUGAAGUUUUAAUUAAUUAAUCCACUUGUUUCACUCUUCCCCCCCCCCCCAACAUACAGUAGAUCGCGUGUGACAUUUUUUGCCACACUCUAGCAGAAUUUUUUCUCCCAUUUCUUGUGCUAAACUCCUGCAUCUUCAAGAAAGUCCAAGCUGCCCAUUCAUCUUUUAAACAAUUUGCUGCGUAUUUUUGAAUGCUCCAUACUUUUUUUUCCAAAUACCUUUAAAUUAUAAACUAAAGUUUUAUUUUUGCAGAAAGACUGCUAUUAAGCUAUGCUGAUUUUUUUGUUGUCAAAUAGUGUUAAUUUCUACUACCACAUUGUACGUGGCUAGGAGUAGUGUAAAAAAGAAUGUGGCAGUAGUAUAUGUGCUUUAAACACUGACAAAGAUAUAAAGAAAAAUGCAUAUACAAAGUUUUACUUUCCUAAUAGGAACACUGGCAUUAGCAAAUAGUAUAUUUGAACCAAUAGGAAAUAUUACUUUGUAGUAGCAAACACUUUGUAAAUAAAAACUUGUUAUUUUUGUAAUGGAAAUUUUAUAGAAGAAGCUAUUUCUGUAUACUCGAUCUCAUGUUUACUGAAAAUGCUGCAAGUGGGAAUUGUACAUUGCAAAAUGGGGGUGGGCAGCAGGCAAGUCUGACUGAAGUGAAAACUGUCUGUAUGCUUCAGAGAAAAAUACCUAGUUGUCUGUGAACAGGAACGUAAAGCUUAUCUGUAGACAAACUCAAUAAAAGAAUUUCAAGUCAA